AUGCCAGUUGUCAUGAUCCCAGCGUCGACUAUGGAAGGCCGUCGUGGGAGCCGUUUUGGGCUUGACUCGCUGCAUCGGAGCAGCGUGGCCGCGGAGUCUCUGGAGCCUCCGAAUUUCGAGGUCGUGCUUCGAAAUCUCAGCCACGACCAGCCCGUCUCCGUUGCCGCCGAAGAAGCAGAACGGGCAGCUCGCCACUUGCAUAGCUUCAGUGCUGACCAGGCAGUAGCUAUUUGGGACGCAGGAAGUCAUCUUCUUGAUGUCUCGAGUUCUACUGAUGCGAAGAAAUCUGGUUCAAGUCUGCUUGAAGCCAUUUCAGGUCGCCAGGACCUACCCCUCCUAUCUCGCCGCGCCCUAUACACUUUUCUUUCUCGUCCCUGCUCCCCUGAUCUCAUCCCCGCGCGAGUCAAUUCGCUGGUUGCGUUAUCCGACCACGGCAGAAAAAUCGACUUCUCUGACAAUUCAGUCCUUCCUACUGUCGUGUCGUGGAUUGUACCGCUUUAUGACGUUCUUGCCUUGAUUCGAGCCAAGAAUAAAAAGCUAGGAAGACCCUACAACUCGUCAGCCCUAGAGGAAACAGCUUUUAGCGACUUGUUUCAACUAAUUAUCGAUAUAAUCACUUUACAACGCCAGUCCCCAGCUAUAGCUGAUGUCGAAUCACUUCUUAACAACCUUUUUGUUGUUUGCCGGAGCACUCAUGUGACCGGAGACAUAAAACAUUCCCUCGCCAUUUUCGACGCGGUUAUCUCAAGUCUAACCAUCCCACCAUCAACCUUUAGCCCAUUACUCGACGUCCUGUGCAGCAUUCACGCUUCGAUCAAGACUUUGGCAGGACCGACAUCGCGAGUUGUUCGCAACAUGGCCAAGUCGAAGAGUCAAGAAGAGAUGGUGGGGCUAUUACACGCCUUCCUCGACAAUACUCCUGCAGGUCCAGACCGAAAUCUAAACGUCACUCGAGGAGCAGUGGAUAUUUUCAGAGAUCUGGUCGCAGCAUAUGGCCAAGAAGGCAUGCCCAGCCUCUCUUUUGAUCUUCUCAUCAGCUCCUUAAAGCACGCAACCGACAAAAAUGACGGCCGCAUCGACACCGAUAUUCUUGAAGUUUGCUUAAAUAUGCUGCAAGGUGAUUACCUGGAUGUAGCACUUGAGAAUAGAUGGACAAACCUGAUCCAAGUGAUCCUCACUUGCUCCAGACGGGUUAUUAGCCCUCGCCCCCAAUCCGCGGAACCAUCCAUACCUUCCAAUAUCAACACCUCCGACGACGUGAAAUCCAAUAUAUCUGCUCACAUCGCCCGCAUCGCCUCGUCUAUAGAGGCCACCUGGCCUAGCCUCAACGAAAACCACAAAACUGACGUUUUACAUUUAUUUAUGAAGGUCCAUAUGCUACUAAGUCCCAGCCAGUCGGAUCUAGCGUUGCAACUACUCGAUUCGCAAAAACUCUGUCAUGUUGGGUGUGAUGAUUGGAUUUCAACCUCCUGGGAGUUAGUACAUAACUUCAUUCAAGCCCGUGAUAAAGCACCCGAAGUUCGCAUACUAGCUCUUAAUACGUUCGAGAACGCUUACCUUACCGGAGGCGCCUCCUCAGCGUUUGAUUCAGAAGGCUUUAUUGACGCCCUCUUACAUGGCUUCGAAGACGAAGGAUCAGCAAUGUAUCUUGAGAAGCUAGUUGCAUUUCUUGUGACGGUAGCUCUCCGCUCAGACGACCAACUCUUCAAGCGUUUGAUCGACGCUUUGAGCUUGCCCAUGAAGGCUGAUGAAGUUAAAGAGGACCUUUCUCCGACAUCUGUGUCGUCACAUCCGGUAUCCCAAUCAAUUUCGUUUACCAACGUGCUUUUACCUUCGCUGUCAAACCUCGCUUGCGUCGGCUUGGUGCAAAUAUUUUUAAGGUCAUUGCUCAAACGCCCUUUAAUCGACUUAUCCCUCCUAUUUGAGAGAUUAAUUGAUAUUGCACGGUCACCACAACGGCCCUCCGAUGCGCGACUAACAGCUCUCAAACUGCUUUUCAGCAUUCGUUGCGAUUCCACCGGGUCGAUAUAUGUGGUCCCUACAAUUGACAGCAGUUUUUUGUUCACGGUUUUGUCUCGCACUAUCGACGUAACUUCUCGUUCAAGCGUCACCGAAGAUUCGUCAAGUGAUCGGAAAUGGAGAAAUGACAGUCAAAGCGGUAGGUUGUCGCUUAAAGAUCCGUCCUCCGGCCCUUUAAUGUCGGAAAGCCCCCAUAGAACGACGGAGAAUCGUACCUUGAAGUGGAACUCGCCAGUAUGGAUUACGGACGAAGGCAAGACGUUGCCGGAAGAGCCACCUGUGAAUCCAAGCAGCUAUGUGUGUGCAUUUCGAGCUCACUCUACCGAGGAGCAGCAUGGACAAGAACCACAUGUCCUACUCCCAAUCAAUUUUUGGGUGGAGACCGUGAUCGCCCUUUUGCAAAGAGAGAAGAACUGGGACAUCUACAGCUAUGUACUCGCACACUUGGAGCCACAGCUCAUGAAUAGGGAGCUUUUACGCAACUCCAUGCCACAAAUCAAACUGCUUCGAAGCGUGUUGUGUGAACAAAUCAAGAAUGAAAGUUUCCAUGAACCUCUCGGCUGGACUGGUGUAAAGAAAGGAGAUAUUGCCGUUUGCAUAUUUGCAGCUCUCACCAGCCUUGUUAGUUUCCACCAGAGUUUUGCAAAAAGCGAGCAAGAUGAGACGGUCCGUACAUUCAUGCUUGGUAUCGGGUCUUGGGAAGCCACAUCCCGUGGUUGCAUCCACGCACUUUCGGUUUGUUGUCACGAGAUUCCGUUGUCGGUGACUAAAUCGCUGCAUGCCAUACUCGAUAAAAUGUCCAAAGUCAUGACUCGGACUCAUAUUGCAGUUCAUAUUCUGGAGUUUCUUGCUCUGCUUGCUCGACUACCAGACGUCUAUGUAAACUUACGAGAUGAGGAAAUCCGCACGAUUUUUGGAAUUUGUCUUCGUUAUAUUGAAUCUUCAAGGGAGCAACGGUAUAGAGCAAUUGAUUCUACGGGUUCUCGAUCCGCCUCCCUACCGACACGGUUUAGCGGUGGUCCGAAAGAUACCGCUUCGACUCCAGGAGUGCCAACUGCAGAUGCAAAUACUUCCGACGAUUUAUCAAGAUAUGUCUACCAUCUGACAUAUCAUGUGAUGGUCUUUUGGUUCCUCUCACUUAAACUUCAGGAUAGAUCCAACCAUAUCAGCUGGAUCACAAAACGUCUUGUAUUCACGGAUGAGAUGGGAAAGGAAGUCAUUGAGGAGCAGAGUCAAGUUUUUAUGGAUUUCAUGCAGAGAGUAGCUUUUUCUGACUUGGGCGAUACGAUUCCAUUUGAACGAUUCCCCCCAGCAGAAAGCGAUGGACCAACUUCGAAGAAAACAUGGAUCGUCGGAAUGAGUAUUGUUACCGUUGAAACUGCUGGUGCUACCGGUCUCAGUCAAAUAACGAAGAGACAGGCCUCUGGCACAACAUACGCUACUUAUCGGCAACUCACAGCUCCCGUUUUACCACAUCAAAUCCCAGUUAGUCCGUCUCCACAUUCUAUUGCAGAUGAGCAGUUCAGCCGGAUUUUGCCUUCCCACAUUCUCAUUCAAUUGACAACUUCCGCAUUCCCAACUCCCGUGGUUACGCAGCCGCUCCCGCUUCCCGAAGACGAUUUCACUCGUAGAGCAAUCAGUACUUUCGAUAGGAAUGAUAUUGUUGACGGACACAAAAUUGGCGUCAUUUUCAUUGGUGAAGGACAAACCGAUGAGACUCAAAUCCUUGCAAACUCGCAUGGAAGCAACGAUUACGAGUUUUUCCUCAGUGGCCUAGGCACAAAGGUCUCCCUCGAGAAUGCGAAAUUCAAUACUCAAGGUUUACGGUACGGAGAUGACGGUGAAUAUACAUACGCAUGGCGCGAUAGGGUCUCUGAAAUCGUCUAUCAUAUACCAACGAUGAUGCCUACGAAUCUAGAAACCGACCCGCAAAGCGUAAAAAAGAAGAUGCACAUUGGCAACGAUUUCGUCAACAUCAUCUUCAAUCGUUCUAAUAAGGAUGUUGCACCCGACACUAUUCGAACGCAGUUCAAUUUCGUUAAUAUCGUGGUAUCUCCGGUUUGCCGUGUGUCGGCAGAAGAAACACCCGUAAAUUCAAUUGAGGAUUUCCACAACUGUUUCUACACUGUCAACGUCGUAAGCAAACCCGGCUUUCCAGACCUCUCCUCCGCUGCGAACCGGAAAGUCAUAUCAGGCAAAAACCUUGCCGCCUUCGUUCGGCUCAUCGCACUCAACGCCUCUGCUUUCUCCCUUGUUUCGAGCCGCGGCGGCGAACACGUGUCAUCCUGGCAAAACCGCCUUCGCGAGAUCCGUCGUCUCCGCGAUCGGGCCUUUGCCGCGUCUGUUGGAAGCUCAGACGUGACUACUGAAACCGUCUAUCUUCCGCAGCGCCGGCACACCAAAGCGGUCAACGUCCAGUCCGAAGAAGCGACGCCAACGCAGGGACUCAGAGCCAAUUUCGGCACAGAACGGAACCUUUAUAUCGAUAAUAAUAUCUUCCAGAAUUUGGACUUUUCGCGUUGGAGCAAUAGUCGUACUUAA